CUUGGCCGCGUUGGGGGAUUCCGAGCGGAGCUGGUUGAGCGCUCAAAGUCCCUCGUCGCCUCGCGCGCUGGCUCUGGUCGGGGGGGCGGGAGGGGGGGCCGCUGCUGCUGCUGCUGCUGCUGCUGCUCCUGCUGGAGCCACCGGUGUCAACACAAAAGAGGGAGCGGAGCGCGGCGGCGGCGGCGGAGCCAGGCAGCCUCCCGCGGAAUCGGGGACAUGGACAUGAAGAGGAGGAUCCACUUAGAGCUGCGGAACAGGAAGCCCUCCGACGUAAAAGAACUUGUUCUUGACAACUGCAGGUCAAAUCAAGGAAAAAUUGAAGGCCUCACAGAUAAAUUUGAAGAGCUGGAACUAUUAAGUAUAAUCAACGUAGGCCUCACCUCAGUUGUAAACUUACCAAAGUUAAACAAACUCAAGAAGUUCGAGUUAAGUGACAACAGAAUCUCAGGGGGACUGGAAGUAUUGGCAGAAAAAUGUCCGAACCUCACACAUCUAAACCUAAGUGGCAACAAAAUAAAGGAUCUUAGUACAAUAGAACCUCUGGAGAAGUUAGAAAACCUGAAGAGUUUAGAUCUUUUCAAUUGUGAGGUCACCAACUUGAACGACUACAGAGAAAAUGUCUUCAAACUUCUCCCUCAACUCACAUAUCUGGAUGGCUAUGAUCGAAAUGAUAAAGAGGCCCCUGAUUCGGAUGCAGAAGGUUACGUGGAAGGCCUGGAUGAUGAAGAGGAGGAGGAGGAUGAAGAGGACUACGAUGAAGAGGCUCAGUUAGGAGAGUAUGAAUUAGAAGAGGAGGAGGAUGUGAGUGGAGAAGAGGAAGACGUGAGUGGAGAAGAGGAAGACGUGAGUGGAGAAGAGGAGGAGGACGAAGAGGGUUAUAAUGAUGGUGAAGUAGAUGACGAAGAGGAGGAAGAAGAAGUUGAAGAAGCCCGGGGGGAGAAGAGAAAACGAGAGGCUGAUGAUGAAGGCGAGGAGGAAGAUUAAAUGCAACAUAAUCUGUUCUGGGGGAAAAUAAGUUUCCUAUUGUGAUUUGACUGUUUAUACCCUGUAUUUUCACCCCUUCUCACCCCCCUCCCUCCCUGGAAUGUAACGUUGCUGUGAGAUCAAGAAGGAAAUGCUUAAUUUUAUGGGCAAGGGGAUUAAAACAACAUUUUAAAAAAAUGACAACCUGCCACUCCGACUGCUACCUUUUGUUUCUGAAAAAAAUCAUUUUCUCUCUUAUUCCUGUUUCUGCAGAAGCAAACCACGGAAAGACAUACGUAUGUUUUUCUUGGGAGUGGCUCAUCCUGGACUCUGGAUUAUUAUUAUUAUUAUUUUUUUUAGAAAAAGUUUUUUAGAAAUAAACGUGAGCCGGGCAAUUCACGCAAGGGUUCGAACGGAUGGCUGGAACAGGGAGGGCGGAGGGAUAACGUGGGCCUGGAGACCCGGUGGCGGCUUCUUUUCCCCACCCCUUUUUUUGCCAGUUUAUGAGGAUAUUGUAAGUAUUUCUUCCUUCUCUUCUGGGUGCAGCAAGAUUGGCCACGGGAGCCUCCCAGCCACCAUCACUGCAGGGGAGCAGCGGCAGCGUCCAGAUAACCGAGUGUUUCCUUGUUACCUGUUUUGUGAAUGGCUGCCCUUCCCAGAAAUCCCUUUUCUUUCACUUCCUGUCGGUAACAUUUACUUGGCUGUUUGUAAAUAGUGACCAACUAUGUAAUUUCUCUCUCCUCUCUCUCUCUCUCUCUCUCCUUUUUAUUUGGUUUGUGGGGGUGACUUUGCAAAGUUUUAUUUUAAAAGAAAAAAUCUUGUAGGGCAUGGCCGGGCAAGCUUCUCUCGGGAUGGGAACUGCGCAAGGAUACGGACGGAUCCUUGUUCAGCUCCCAUUCCUGGCUGGUUCGUCUUCUGACUAUUUUGAGGGGAUCUAGAGCAGUUCUCUGUAAAACGGCAGUCAUGGAAAUAUCUAUAAAUAUAUAUAAAAAGUGUUCCUAAUUUCCUGAGUUAACUGGUGAAUUGCAUUUGACAGUUGUAAUAAAAAAAGAAAAUGUUUGAACCCUUUUAACUAAAGUGUGUACUAUUUUGGUCUGUAAAAUACUAUAUAUAAAAGUAUAUUAACAACUCCUUGAUAUUAGGUGAUGAGAAUCUGUCUCCACGUGUGGUCUACUCUACAGUACGCUGAAGAUUUUUUGCAAAGCUUUUAAUUACCAGAGGAAACAUUACUGGACUCCCAGGCCAGUCGGGGUCUCUCUUCAUACACGAGCAUGGAUUGCUGAUAGAAAAGUUGUAUUUUCUUAAAAAGUCAGUAAAUUGACUGCAAAGUACCUAGUUGAAUGUACAGAUUUAAUUUCAUGUCCCUCUUCCAAUAGAGCAUUAGAAGUGGGCUUGUAUUUUCUAGUCAGUUUCUCAUCUGUAUAUAAACAAGCACAACCAUUGCGACCUUCCCUCUCGCUCCCCAAAGAGCCAGACUUUUUGAGUUUUAUGUCUUUGUUAAUUAUGAAUUUCAAUAAAUCUUU